UUGCAAAUAUUUUCUCCCAUUCCUUAGGGUGUCUUUUCAUUUUGUUUAUGGUUUCCUUUGAGGCGCAAAAGCUUUUAAGUUUGAUUAGGUCCCAUUUGUUCAUUUUUGCUUUUAUUUCUAUUGCCUCGGGAGACUGACCUGAGAAAAUACUGGUACGAUUUAUGUCAGAAUGUUUUGCCUACAUUCCCUUCUAGGUGUUUAAUGGUGUCCUGUCUUACAUUUAUGUGUUUAAGCAACUGAGUUUAUUCUUGUGUGUGGUGUGAGGGAGUGUUCUAACUUCAUUGAUUUACAUGUGCCUGUUCAGCUUGCCCAACACUAGGGACAAUCUUCAAUGCUCAGAAUAUCGGGCCCUGGCAGCCUUGUGUCUGCGAGAGUUGAGUGCUAAGGCAGCAAGUUUUCUGGGGAGUCCAGCCAGGAGGGGGAUGAGAGCCCAGGAUCUGAGGCUUCUCAUGGAGGUGGCAAAACUCCAGAGGCUGCAACUCAACACUACAUGCUCAGCUGAACCACUUCCACUUAGUAGCACACCCUGUCCCAUCUGAACCCCACACAGACAUCUAACCCCUAAGCUGAGGCAGGCAUGCCCUGGAGAUAGCCCUAACAGGUCCCAGGGCACCCACAGGGGACAGAAGAGGAGUGGGGCUCAUCCGCUCCUCCCCUGGGAAUGCCAGACCUGCUCUGGGACUCAGUGUUCCCAUUUGAUAACAGGCCUGCAAGACAUUCCCUGGAAGAGCCUGGCCACCUCUACAGGUCAGACUGCUGACCUCAAGUUUAUGUGUACACACACGUGCAAAUGUGCACACAUACAGGCAGACACGUGCAUAAAUGUACGUGCACACAGGCAAAUCCACACACAUGCAUUUCACAUGUGCAUGCACUUAUACAUUCACACACAUGCAACAUGAACCCACAUAAGCAUAGCAAGGUACACAUAUAAACACGCACAUGAGAAGUACACAAAAGCAUCCAUGCACACACACACGUACACAAACAAGCGAGCACAGACAUACACUUGUUCUCAUGAAAGCACAGGCACAUGUUUACACGCAAGUAUACACAGACACACAUAUGUCAUUGCCUUGCUUGACACCAGUACAGGACACAGGCACACACACCCAAGUCUAUUGGAAUCAUGGAGGCAGGUAGAGGCCUCGCCCAGGUUGGAUCCAGCCCUUGGUACAGGGCAAAUGCAAUGUCCACUUUUCCUUCUUGACUCCCUGUUGAGCAUGGAACCCUGGCCUGGAGUCACCGGCCCUUCUCAACCACCUCCUGCCACGUGAUCCUCUGAGCCUCCACUUCCUCAUCGGUGCAGUGAUGUGGUACGCAUCCGCCAGGCUGGUGUGAGCUCGUCAAGGAGCAGUGCUGAGCCCAAUACUAGGCAGUGGGCAGGUGCUCCUUGCAGGCUUCUUCUCCUCCCUGCUUCCAGGCCCACCCCCAUUACCCCCACCCCCAGAACUGAGGCUCUCUCUUCCCCUUUCUGAGCCUGAGCCACCCAGAACUUGUCCCCCUGCUUUGGAGCAGGGGCUAGACUACCUCCAGGGUCUCUCCCAGAGGGUUUGGGGAGCCGCAGAGAGGGGGGUGCAGAGUCAGCAGUUGAGGGAUUGGGGCCAUGCCAGCCUGAUUAGGAGGGCUGGGGGCUGAGCUGGAUUCACCUGUCCUUGUCUGUGAUUGGCUCCUGGAUACCAACAACUCCCAAAUCCUACUAAGCAGCCCCACCAGGGCCUGCACAGAUCUAUAGACAGCCAUUGGAUUCCCAGUUCUGGGGUCAGAAGGGUGUCCGGGGAGGCCAGAGGCUGGCCUGAGCCUGGCUCUGGGGACCCCCUCCAUCCAGAAGAACCAACUCACCGCCCUCCUCCUUCACCUCCUGCUGGGACCAUGGGGGCUGGGGCCAGCGCUGAGGAGAAGCACUCAAGGGAGCUGGAAAAGAAGCUGAAAGAAGAUGCUGAGAAAGAUGCUCGAACCGUGAAACUGCUGCUUCUGGGUGCCGGUGAAUCUGGGAAGAGUACCAUUGUCAAGCAGAUGAAGAUUAUCCAUCAGGACGGGUACUCACUGGAAGAGUGUCUCGAGUUCAUUGCCAUCAUUUAUGGCAACACACUACAGUCCAUCCUGGCCAUCGUGCGUGCCAUGACCACACUCAACAUCCAGUACGGAGACUCUGCGCGCCAGGAUGACGCCCGGAAGCUGAUGCACAUGGCGGACACCAUCGAGGAGGGUACGAUGCCCAAGGAGAUGUCAGACAUCAUCCAGCGGCUAUGGAAGGACUCCGGUAUCCAGGCCUGUUUCGAGCGAGCCUCAGAGUACCAGCUCAACGACUCCGCUGGCUACUACCUCUCAGACCUGGAGCGCCUGGUAACCCCAGGCUACGUGCCCACGGAACAGGAUGUGCUGCGCUCCCGUGUCAAGACCACGGGAAUUAUUGAGACGCAGUUCUCCUUCAAGGACCUCAACUUUCGGAUGUUCGAUGUGGGCGGGCAACGCUCAGAGCGCAAAAAGUGGAUCCACUGCUUCGAGGGGGUGACCUGCAUCAUCUUCAUCGCGGCGCUGAGCGCCUACGACAUGGUGCUGGUGGAGGACGACGAAGUGAACCGCAUGCACGAGAGCCUGCACCUGUUCAACAGUAUCUGCAACCACCGCUACUUCGCCACCACGUCCAUCGUGCUCUUCCUCAACAAGAAGGACGUCUUCUCGGAGAAGAUCAAAAAGGCGCACCUUAGCAUCUGCUUUCCGGACUACAACGGGCCCAACACGUAUGAGGACGCCGGCAACUACAUCAAGGUGCAAUUCCUCGAGCUCAACAUGCGACGCGACGUGAAGGAAAUCUAUUCCCACAUGACGUGCGCCACCGACACGCAGAACGUCAAGUUUGUCUUCGACGCUGUCACCGACAUCAUCAUCAAGGAGAACCUCAAAGACUGCGGACUCUUCUGAGGUGCAUGCGUCCCUGAGACCCUGCAGCCCUUGCCACCUUGUAGCCCCAAUGCAUAUGACCCUAUCAGUCCCCCAGGACUCCUGGGCCCCAGCCUGUGGCCCCACCAGCCACACACUCAACACCCUAAACCCUGCUAGCCUUGAGGCCCUAUAACCCUCCCUCGUGGCUCCCAGGAUUCUCAGGUCUCCAAGAGUCCAAUGCCCCCAGCCACCCCAGCACUGCCCUUCACGGCCUGGCUGCACUGGCCUCCCAGACCUACCACAGCCAGCCCCAACUAGGAGCAAGCAGGACUUGGGGCAGCUACAGCUCAUGGUGACUCAGCAGUACCCCCACUGACCAAUCUCCUGCCUCUCUUCUGCCCCAGGAGGCCCAUGACUCACCUGGCCAGUCUGGGUUCAGCAAACAGCCCUCCCUCCCAGAGCUUUAUGAAGGGCAGGGGGCAGGCAUGGAGCCCUCCUCUGAGCAGGCCUGCUGCUUACCAUCAGCCCGUUCUAGCCUUACCACCUCCAUGUGACAGGGUCUGAUGCCCAUCUGCCCAGUGGCCAGUGACUGCCCCGCCCAGCAGAUUCAGGAGUCCAAAGUCCAAGCCAGCUCUGGCCUGUACAGCUUGUACGGAGACGACUUAGUGAGUCAGGGCAAGCCUGGGGGCUCCUGGUACCAGGAAUAGACUCGAGCUGGAACCUUCCCAUACCCUAGGCCCUCCCCCCAUAGGACCAGAGUCAUGUCCUACUCCCCCCCAGCCCACAGCACUCUAGGCCAGCCACUCUGUCGAGGGAGGGUACUGUUGACAUCAGUUGUGGCCAAUGGUCAAGCUGUCCUGAGGGGUGGCUGGGAGCAGAGUCCGGCUCCCAUCGAUCAGCCCCAGGCAGAGGAUUUGAGACCGGAAGGAGGCCCAGAUUAUGUCCAGAGGGGUCUGCCUCAGGUAGGGUCAAAAGCAAACCCAUGUGACCCCCUUGUCCCUGCCAGCAGCUUCUCUCACCCUUCCCAUUCAGGGCCCUGGUGGGAAAAAACAAAGGCCAUGCCUGAACUAUCUGGGACAAAGGCCCAUGUCCCCUUACCCCUACUUCCCACUUCCUCGUCAAGUACCUAGUCCUUGCUGAUGCCCAUGGGCCGGGGCCCAUGCUGUAGUCAAGGGCAAGGAACACCCGUCUAACAAGGCCAGGGCGUAAUUUGCACUCCCUUCAGCUAGAUACACAAACUCAGCAAUAAACCUUUACAUCAGG